GUACAAGUAUUCGAAAAUACGAACAUUCUAAACCAUUUAAUUUUAAAUGCCUCUUAAAAUGAAAGUAAAUACAAAUAAUAAUUGUAUAUGUAUCUUGUGACUAUGUAGAGAUUUUGUGUAUUUUACACAUUAGGCAAAUCGAGGUUAUGUAUGUAUAAUAUACUUUUGGCAUUUGUCAAUCUUUCUACCUUCUCCUGGGAUGUUAAUAAAGCAUGUCAUUUUAAACCUCUUUUGAAAGAAAACAUCUUUACCCAACAUCCUUGAAGAUCCUAUUUAGUUUUUGUAAAUAAGGACGUUUAUUCGAUUUAAAGUUUACUUUUCUGUUUAAGUAUACUAGAUAUGAAUUCUAAUUUGCAAACAUAUAGAUUCAUUUUAGUGAAAAUUAGUUUUAACAUGGAAUUAUUAAUAUAUGCUUGGAGCGUAUUUUACUGCAUAAACGCAGUUAUCUCAUCAGCUUUUAUAACGUAUGUGAAUCUUAACCCGAAGAACGAUCCGGUGUCGGUCAUUGAAAACACCAUUUAUCAGUUUGAAUGCGAGAUAUCCAUUGGUAGCCCAUACGCUACAGUGAGAUGGUUCAAAGACAACAAAACUAUCGAUGACAUUGCUGACGACAUUGAACUUACACAGCUAUCAACAUCAAGUCAACUAAACGAAGUUACAAGAAGCGUUCUUCAACUUCAACCAACAAAAGAUGACCACGGAAUGAGAUUGUUUUGUCUUGCUAACAACGGAGGUUCUGACAUAUAUUCUUCAAAGCCAAUUUUGGAUGUUUUGUAUGGACCAAGUAUUCCCAAAUGUCAAUUCAACAGUUCAGUGGUGAACGAAAAUAUCUCUAUACGGAAAGGUCAGGAUCUCACCAUUUCAUGUUCCGCUGAUGGUAAUCCACCACCUUUUCUCAUGUGGACGUACCCUGGAGGAACUUACUCCGGUCCUACCCUUAGUUUAAGAAAGAUUGCAAUCGAUGGCAGUAGGAACUUUACAUGCUCUUCCCGAAAUACUUUAAAACCAACGGAUGGACAAGAAGUAACUGGCUCUACAAGCUUUACCUUUGCUGUUAAUGUUUACGCCAGGCCUUCUGAAAGUGGAAUGAGUAUAUAUUGCGUGGCACAAAAUGUGAUUAAUAAAGUAACAUCAACCAAUUCUUUGCUGCUGGCUAUAAUCGGCAUUCCAGAUACACCUUAUAACGUUCAGGUAAAAGACGUUAAAACUGAUGCAGCUACCUUGAAAUGGAAUCAGCUUUACACAGGAGGUUUAGAGCUUUCUGUUGCUAUAGAACUUCGAGAAAAUACCAACGAAUGGAAGGAACAUGAAGUGUCAGAGAUCAUCAUAAAUGACACUGAUAUGAGAGCUGCUUUGAACAAUCUAAAUGCAUCCACAUCGUAUGUGCUGCGCUUCAUGGUGUUCAAUGUGUUAGGACGAAGCAUGAUUUCUGAUGAGAUGCAGUUUCAAACACUUAAUUAA